UAUCAUUAAAUAAAUUACCUGACUGAACCAAAUAUGCAAAGUUGCAGUUAGGAUCAGUGGCGGAGCCAAUAUCACAUUUUAGAAGAGUUAUUUAUUAAAUUAAUUAUGUAAUAUUGUCAAGAAAAUAUAAAAAUGGGUCAAAAAAAAAGAAUUGGUCUUCAGUUAUGGGGUCAAGCUAAAGGUUUUUAACCAAAUAUUCCAACUACCUAAGAUUUAUAUGUGAAAUUCACUUUUUAUAAAAAUCACAGGGGUCAACUAAUUCCUUUCCUAGUGGCGAAGCCAACCUUUUAGAAGGUGGGUUAGUCGACCCAUGUGAAUUUUAUGCAAAUUUUUUUUUUACUUGUAUUUGUAGAAAAUAUUGAAAAAAUAUUGCAAAAUUUAGACUACUAAACCAUUUAAUAUAUGUUAAUUGUGAAACUGACCCUCAUGCAAAAUUUGGCUAGCUCCUCCACUGUCCCCUUCCCACCACAUAGCUCUGCCACUGGUUAGGAUGACCGGCAGUCUUGACCACUGCGGUUUGUAAGGAUAACUUAUAAGGUUGUGUAUAUUAUUAAGCUUACUAUAUAUUGUCAAUAUACUGAGAAAAGGAAAAUAAACAGUUUCUACAAACCUAAGCCGUGUCCAUUAGUAUACGAAAAAAAAAUAACAACAUGUAACUGUCAAUAAAAUUGACAUGAUGUUGAUGUUCAAAAUAUAGCCGAAUAUCUCAAGAGAACAAUACUUAAUUACUUAUUAGUAUAUUGGUAUGUGCGAUUUUCUACGCGGAAAAUAAUUGUAAAAAGAGUUUCAAUCAAAUCACUAUCGUUAACCAAAAAAAAAUCCCACCAGACUCGUUAGUAGUGAAUUCUUUUACGGAAAUAAUAUUUUGUCAUGUGACUUUGAAUUAAAUUUUCCAAAUAAAAAGGUAGAAAAGUGAACGAGUCCAAAGCAGGACAGUAGAAAGCAAAGACUUCUACAAAUAUGAAAGCAGAAUGAGAGUUGAAGACUUGAAGCAUUUCAAGACACAACAACAAGAACUGACGCAAGAACAGAUAAUGGAGUUGAAUGAGGCAUUUUGUCUGUUUGACAAAGAUGGUGAUGGUUGCAUCACUGCUGAUGAACUUGCCACUGUGAUCCGGUCGUUGGACCAGAAUCCGACCGAACAAGAACUUCAAGAUAUGAUCAAUGAGAUCGACUCUGAUGGUAACGGCACCAUCGAAUUCUCUGAGUUCCUCAACCUCAUGGCCAUCAAAAUCCAGGAAACCGAUGCAGAUGAGGAGCUGAAAGAAGCAUUCAAAGUGUUUGACAAAGACCAAAAUGGCUACAUCUCUGCCAGUGAGUUGAGACAUGUAAUGAUCAGUCUUGGGGAGAAGCUUACAGAUGAAGAGGUUGAUCAGAUGAUAAAGGAGGCAGAUUUAGAUGGUGAUGGUCAAGUCAAUUAUGAUGAAUUUGUGAGGAUGAUGAUGGCCAGUGGUUAAUGUAUUUUACCCGUUAAUGUAUGAUCUUUAUAUAAUUUGUUUCUCUUUUUAUCUUCUUCAGAAUACUAUAUUUCACUUUCCUAUUAAAUUAAACUAAGUUAUUUGUAUUCGAUUUUUUUUUUGUAUUAACAUGUAUGGCUGGCAAUAAUCACUAUUUCAUUUUU